AUGGAAGUUUCGGUGAUGGCUAAACUGUUUGCGCUGGCCAUCGGUAGUUGGUGGCUUUGUUUCGGACCAUGGCGUAGCGUGCAGUUUACAAAUGCCGAAUAUUUCUCAUCCGUUGAGCAAAUGCGUCAGUUGCUCAAGCUCGAGCAAACAUUUAUAGAUAAUCUCGAUCGCUACAUUAAACUGCACGAGCAAAAGAUCGAGUUUCUUCACCGCCAGCGUGAUUUGUAUGGUAAGGAGUUAAAGGAAGGAUUAACGAAGGAGAUAGAGUACACAUCCAACCCGACAAGUGCCUUCCUGCUGGUUAACCGUCUUGUCACCGAUUGGGAUCGCAUUCGGGUGUUUAUGGACAUGGACGUCGGUGUAAAGUUGCAAAACAACACCAAAAUGCCUACCAUCGAGGAUGUGGUGGGAGUGGCAGAGGGAUUAGCCCGAUUGCAGGAAAUGUAUCAACUUGACACCAAAGAGAUGGCAAGCGGCAAAAUGCUCGAUCGAAAACUGGGUCGCCAGCUGAAAACGGCCGAAUGCUACGAGAUAGGCAACAAACUAACGAUCGCGACCAACUAUCGGUACGCUGUUAGCUGGUACCGGGAGGCGUUACGGUUGUGGACGACCAAUAGUCCUGGUGUAAGCAAGGUGGAAAUCAUGAAUGGGCUCUCCUACGCCCUCUCGCAGCAGGGUGAGUACGAGGAGGCAUUAGAGUUAACCAACAAAGUGCUUAAACUGCAACCGGACAACCAGCGUGCACUAGCCAGUAAGGAUCCGCUCGUGCAAUGGAUCGAAUACAAGCAACAGCACGGUUUGCCACCACCAGUACCGGAUGCAAACUACAAAAACUAUCCCAGCUUGUGCCGUGGGGACUAUCAACGGUCUGCUGAAGAGAUGGCCAAACUGCGUUGCCGAUAUGAGCGUAAUCGAAAUCCGUUUCUGCGCAUUGCCCCGCUGAAGUUGGAGGAGCUCAAUCACGAUCCAUUCAUCGUGGUAUAUCACGAGGUGCUGUACGACAAGGAGAUCGACACACUCCUCACCAUUGCCAAACCGUUGCUGCAACGGUCGAUGGUAGGUGAUGAUCUUAAGAAGAAAGUUUCCAAAACGCGAACCAGCAGCAACGGGUGGCUCGAUGACGUUUCGCAUCCAGUCGUGCGUACAAUCACCCGGCGGACGGAGGAUAUGACGAACCUAACCAUGACGGCGGCCGAGCAGCUACAGGUUGGAAAUUAUGGUGUUGGCGGGCACUAUCUACCACACCACGAUUAUGGUGUGCCGGAAGAAGGCAAGGAGGUGUAUCCAGCGAUCGGGAAAGGAAAUCGGAUAGCUACGGUGAUGUACUAUCUAAGUGACGUAGAAAUCGGUGGUGCGACCGUGUUCCCUGAGCUUGGUGUUGGGAUUUUUCCUCGUAAAGGAUCUGCCAUCUUUUGGUACAAUCUGCACGCUAAUGGUACGAUCGAUUCCCGUACUCUACACGGUGCCUGCCCAGUGUUUGUGGGUUCUAAAUGGGUUGCCAAUAAAUGGAUUCAUGAGCAUGGACAAGAGUUUCGGCGACCUUGCCAACUCGACCAGCUGGGCUCCGAGGGAACAUCAAUGUAAAAACCGGCCAUCUUUUCCAGUAUGAGUGUGUG